GUAUCUUUCAUCAUCUUUUCUUCUUCUCCAAAGAAAAAUAGUGAAGAAAAAUGAAGCUCCUUAACUCAGCUACCGUGAUCCUCUUCUUAGCGAUGAUCGUGGUAUCAUCAGCGAUGGAUAUGUCAAUCAUUUCCUACGACAAAAACCACCACACCGUCUCUUCCAGAAGCGAUGUCGAAGUUUCAAGACUGUACGAGGAGUGGGUAGUGAAACACGGGAAGGCUCAGAAUUCUCUUACAGAGAAAGAUCGACGGUUCGAGAUCUUUAAAGACAACCUCCGCUUCAUAGACGAACACAACGGGAAGAAUCUUAGUUACAGAUUGGGUCUUACGAAGUUCGCGGAUCUCACUAACGAUGAGUAUAGAUCCAUGUACCUCGGGUCUAGGCUCAAGAGGAAAGCCACGAAGACUAGCCUUCGCUACGAGGCGCGUGUAGGUGACGCUAUCCCGGAGAGCGUUGACUGGAGGAAGGAAGGUGCCGUGGCUGAGGUCAAAGAUCAGGGAAGCUGCGGGAGUUGUUGGGCGUUUUCAACCAUCGGAGCAGUGGAGGGCAUAAACAAGAUCGUGACAGGAGACUUAAUAUCCUUGUCUGAACAAGAAUUGGUUGAUUGUGACACUUCAUACAAUGAAGGUUGUAACGGAGGUCUCAUGGACUAUGCUUUUGAGUUCAUUAUAAAAAACGGCGGAAUCGAUACAGAGGAAGAUUAUCCUUACAAGGGUGUUGACGGACGUUGUGACCAGACCAGAAAAAACGCUAAAGUUGUUACAAUCGAUUCAUAUGAGGAUGUGCCGGCUAACAGCGAAGAAUCAUUAAAGAAAGCACUUUCUCACCAACCAAUUAGCGUCGCCAUUGAGGGUGGUGGUCGUGCGUUCCAGCUCUAUGAUUCGGGUAUAUUCGAUGGAAUUUGUGGAACAGAUCUAGACCAUGGAGUUGUGGCGGUCGGAUACGGAACAGAGAAUGGCAAAGACUAUUGGAUUGUGAAAAACUCAUGGGGAACAAGUUGGGGAGAGAGCGGAUACAUAAGGAUGGAGCGCAACAUUGCGUCUUCAGCAGGAAAAUGUGGAAUCGCUGUUGAGCCUUCUUAUCCGAUCAAGAAUGGCCAAAACCCACCAAACCCUGGACCUUCACCUCCAUCUCCCGUUACGCCUCCGACCCAAUGUGACAGUUACUACACAUGUCCUGAGAGCAACACUUGUUGUUGUCUUUUUGAUUAUGGAAAGUAUUGUCUUGCUUGGGGAUGUUGCCCACUAGAAGCAGCCACAUGUUGUGAUGACAACUAUAGUUGCUGCCCUCACGAGUACCCCGUUUGUGACCUUGAUCAGGGAACUUGUUUAAUGAACAAGAACAGUCCAUUCAGUAUCAAGGCCAUAAAGCGCAAGCCCGCAACACCAUUCUGGUCACAGAGCAGGAAGAACAUUGCGUAAGAAGUUGGUGACACUGCACAUUUGUUUCUUCAGAGAGAAUUCUGACUCAUAUGAGCAAGAGAUAUCUGAAGAGAUUUGUCAAAUUAUUGUAUGUUGUUGUUUAUGACAUAAGGAUACAUAAAAAUGCAGCUGUUGGGUAUUGUGUAUAUAUUAAAAACCAUAAGUUGCUUUUAGUCUCUUAGUUGGGUUUCAUUGAUAUAUAAAAUUUACUAGGUGAUUUUCCCGUGCUCAUGCACGGGUAUAAA